CAGCCGGUGAAGUGGUAAGCCUUUUGCCUCCUCCAGUGCAAGGCUGUCUGGUUCGUCGCGUCGUCGCUCCGUUCCUUCCAGGCCCUCGGCAGGCACGGCGACUUUCCCCCCGGUCCUCCUCGCCUUCUGCGCCUUCUGCUGGAGGACGUGAUGUACUGAGGGCCUCUUCCCCUUCGAGUUCAUUUUGGGUAUCGCUGUUGAGAACCGAGGAAAGAUGAAGUACAUGCUGUUCGUCGUGGCGGCCGUGUCCCUGUGGCCAGCGUGCACGUCGAUGAAGGUGCGGUACGCGUGUCCUGCCGCUGACGACGUGUGCGUGCCCUGGAGGAUGUGCAGAGAGGAGAACCGGUUUUUGCAGUCGUCGACGGCCGGUGGCAUUCGGUACAUGUGCGGGAAGACCAUUAGCACUGAGGGCCUUGUCUGUUGCAACACGACAGAACUGUUGCAGGAGACGUUUGAGCCUUCCGUUGCGGAGUGGUACUAUGGCUGCUGCCCCCACCACCCAGAAGACGUAGGGUUGACCGUCGUCCCGUGGCCUGGCUUCGGCACGGUCCCCCUCACCCAGGACUCGGCGGUGGAGCCCGACCCCAUCUCCGCCCCAGACGAGGGACCGAAGCGCCUUUGCCCCGAAAGCAGCUUCUGCGUCCCCGCCGCGCUGUGUCCGCACUCGUUCAUCUCCUACUCCAUGGCCGAGGUGGCGCUGUUGGAGCUGAAGGAAGCGAGGUACGUCUGCGGAAGCACCGAAGAGACGGAAACCUUCGCCUGCUGCCAGUCGCAUAUCGUUGUCACAUCCAUGGUUGAUUAUGUCACGAAAUUCGAACAGGAGAAUAAAGAUACGUUCAUCGUGGCGAGCACCGAGAACAGUUUCCUCCAGGUCAUCCAUGAAGAAGAGCAGACUACAGAGGAAAGUUCAUUCAAUCUCUUCCGCUUCAGAUUAUCCAGUACAAUGUCUGAGAAUGAAGAUGACGAUGAAUCGGUUCCCGCGAGCGACGAGUCCCAAGAUUAUUCUGAGACCGACGAAGCCAGUGACGAGUCGGUUCUAGCGGACGACCAAUCCCAGCCAGAUUCCGAGGUGGAUACCGAGGACGUACAGGUUGUAAAACGUAAAAGACGCAGGCGGCGAGAUACUGACCCAGGGAUUGUGUUGCCUCAGAGUACCAGUCCACUCCGUCAUGGGAUAAGACCUCCAGCUGGGAGUACCAAGAGUAAGAAGUGUGGGACAUGCUCGGAUAUGUCGCAGUAUGCACGAUCAGGCGCGUAUUCCGGCGAAGCAACACCCAAACAGUAUCCAUGGCAUGUAGCAGUUCUGUCUUCGAAAAAUGAGUACCUGUGUGGCGGUGCAUUGAUUGGUAACCGAUGGGUGCUGACUGUUGCACACUGCGUUGAUGAGAUCUAUGGGCAGAACCUGAAGGUAAGAGUUGGCGACCACGACCUCUUGCACUCGGUGACAAAGCACUCGUACCAGGCAUAUGACGUCAGUGUUAGGAGAGUGAACCUCCAUCCACAUUACAUGAAGACCAACCUGAAAGCAGAUGUGGCCGUAUUAGAGUUGCAAGCCUCCGUGCUUCAUCUCCAAAACGUGAACCGGGUGUGCCUUCCUGGCGAGCUCAAGGACACAAGUGGGCACGACUGUGAUGUCGCUGCUUGGACUGCUGUGUUGCAAUCAGAGGAUGGUUACAAACCAACCACGGAUUUCAACUCCAAACUCCGUUAUUCCAAAUAUCAGACCAUCACAAGGGAAGAUUGUCAGUAUCGUCUGAGGGCUUUUCCGUCCCUGGGCAGUUUCUUCAGACUUCAAGAGGGGAUAUUGUGUGCCAAGUCGAAGGAUCCCAAAAUGUGUUUGGGCGAUGGUGGGAGUGGUCUUGUGUGCAAAUCGUCUUCAGGCCAGUACGCCAUAAGAGGAUUGGUGUCAUGGGGUGUAGGAUGCAAGCCCAAUCUGCCCACUGCUUUUGUUGACGUAGCUUUCUACCUGCCCUUCAUUACCUCAGUCAUUGAAGAUGGAUCAGCAAUGCCUGCAAAACACCCAUACAGUAUUCCACACAAACCCACUGGAGCCUCAACUUCACACAAUUUCGACCAUUACGUGCCACCAAGACGUCAAAGCCACCCCACGAGGCACAGUGGUCAUUCUCAAACUUAUUCUGAUCCACUUAAGCCAAUGCAUGGUUUUGGCACUCCAUCCAGUGGGCACCAUCCUCGACCUAACACCAAUUAUGUCCCACCCUCUGGCUAUGGUACGCCCCCAGCCGGCUAUGAUACACCACCUUCGGGAUAUCAUACCCCACCCUCCGGAUAUGGUACACCCCCUGCUGGGUAUGAUACCCCACCCUCCGGAUAUGGUACACCCCCUGCUGGGUAUGAUGCCCCACCCUCCGGAUAUGGUACACCCUGCUGGUAUGAUGCCCCACCCUCCGGAUAUGGUACACCCCCUGCUGGGUAUGAUGCCCCACCCUCCGGAUAUGGUACACCCCUAUGCCCACCUCCGGAUAUGGUACACCCCUGCUGGGUAUGA